ACCAGUUACGCUCUGACAGGUUUGCUCAGCUCUUCAGAAAACCUGAGGACUCGACUGGAGAUGCUAAUGAAUUCCUGGUAAUCCACUUCUUUCUUUGCGCUGGUAUUUGUUUCUCUGCAAAUGUGGAAGACGUAGAAAAGCCAAAGAUGGGAAUAACAUAAGGAUAAUUUCUAGGGAAGGAGCAGACUGGAAAGCUUAGGGAUCAGACCCUCAGCUAGAGCUCAGGGAAUGCUGAGGUGUGAGGUGAACCCCAAAUAUCCAACGAAGGAUGAGCAACACGCACAGGACACAAACCUGAGCCCCUCUGCACCCACCUCGUCCUCUCUCAGCCCGUUUCCUCCAUCUGAACGCUCAGCUCUGGACUCGGCCUCGGGGCUGCCAUGCAGCUUCCAAGCAACCCCGAGGAAAUCCUCAGCCCUCCAGCUGGGUGAGGACAUCCCUCCUCCACAGGGCUCCGUGCUUUAAGGCACACGGAGCACUUCAAGACCCUUGGCUGAAAGGCAGUGAAGGAGGACAGAGCAUUCUCAAUUUCUCUCAGCUGCGACCACUGUCCAAAGUGAGGUAGAAGAGGCAAGGAGAAAACGGCAAUGCCCUCCUUCCUCACGUGUCCCAGACUAAGACACUUAUGACUGGAAAUUGAAGGCCCUGUCAUGCUUUUGUGCAGCCCUAAGUGUCAAUAGGAUGCCACUUUAUUCUGAUAUUGCAGCGAGGACGUGGAUGAUGCAGCACCACGGAGCUGCAGCCGGGAUCAGAGCGCCAGGCCAGGUGUCAUCUCAACCACUUAGUGCACGGAAUGUAUUAAGUAAAUACCUGUAAUUUGUUCUCUGUUUACCUAUUUUGUUGCAUUCUCAAUUCUCUUUGUUUCUUUAAAUUCCUCCGUGUAAAUCUCAUCCACAUUGCCGUGUUCUGUAAGCAAGAUAACGUGAAAACAGGACACUGCAUUAUCAGAAUUCUGCUCACCUUCUCUGCAGCUCCAACAGCUCCAGAGGUCUGGGCCAGGACCCUGGGAUAUGCACACAUCGCUGCCCCUCUCAGACCUGUGCCAUUCAUCAGCCUGCAAAGAGAACUGCAAACCCAAGAGGGGUUGCACAUGGUGAUUUCUUAUGUCUUCCUGCUGUGGUUUCUUCUUCUUCUUCUUACCAUUUUGUAAUGCUCUUCGUGCGGUGGAUGCUGUUCUUAAUAGUGCUGGUCCCGGGGGGGGUGAUUUUCCCACUGCUCACUUUUGACUCCCACCACUUCUGGCGUCUUCUCAAUUCAGAAAACCACACUCACACACAAAAAGUCAAUUCUCUGUGUGUUGCUCAAUAGCUUUCCUGUUAUUCAGUACAAAUCUAGCCCUGGUGGACAUAGGAAAUAUCUGUAGAUGUAAAGACAAUAUAUUCUACAAUAAAAGGUAAAAAGAAGACCCGAAAGAAGCACUAUGUAACACAGCCUGGGGAGGUUUGGCAUUACUGUAACACACUUUCUGCCCUCGUGGUUUAGAAUAAGGCUUGAGCAGGAUGAGGGGACAAACAGAUGCGAUUCCCUCACACAAACAGAUGCAGCUUGUCCCUUCCACUGACCUUGGAACCACAGGUUCCCACCCUGAAGCAUGAACCUUUUUCUGCUCAGGGAUCCCCAACUAACCAGGCUGUUUGCACCUGGUUAUGAGUUUAAAUAUUGAUAGUAUCUGCACAUAUAAAGGCAGAGAACUGCGCUGUUUCCCUAGAACCAAAGAUUCAGACCAUGCCCACAUGACCACAGCAGAAGGAAUUUAAUGGUGGGCUCGAACAUGGCAUUCCCAUCCACCUCGCAGCUUCCCAUGACUCCAGCAGCACCAUUACCAUCAUUUAUAAAGCUCAGUUGUACUUUUUCCCUUAUUAGCUCUCAUCCCGUCAGCCCAAAGCAGCUUACAAACAUUGGCUGGGAUUACAGAACCUCAAAUAAUAAUGAAAACCAACAGCACCGUGACUCACUCAACCAGAGCAAAGCAAACACGAGAUAAUACUGUCACCACACAACACAACUUCCAAACUUGGUGCCACUGUUGCUAUCGUUAAUUAUGCCAAUCAUUAAGCAGCUGGACAUAGUUAUGUAGGUGAACUCCACUGCUAUGCGUAUUACAUGGGAGUUUGGCUGUGACCUCGGGCUCAGGAAGCCCUUAAGCCACUGCCAGGCUCCAGAAAGCUGCAGCAGGAGGAGGACACUCCAUAUCCACCCCAUUUUCCCCAAGCAGCACUGGGGUAAAUGGACACAUGGGGCAGUCUGAUGAUCUGGCAUCCCCCAAAUGCAGCUCUGCUACUAUUUCAGUGUUGCUAAAGCAAGUUUUUCUACGGGCCUAGCUUUUCACCUCCAAUUCUCUUUAUCUUACAAUCAGGACCUGUUCAGCUUGAGAACAACCAACAUUUCCAGCCAUCUUUGAGAUGAGGAUAAGGUUCAGUGGGCAUGGCGGUGAGGGGUUGCUGGUCCAAACAGGUGAUCUUAGAGGUCUUGUCUAACCUUUACGAUUCUAAUAAAGUUCUAGAGGAAAAGAAGCGUCAACAAGCCAACACCCCCCUCAAAAAACACCCACACAACUGUGUCAGCAGAAAAGCCACUGGGAGAAGCUCUCUAAAGCAGCUGCAGCCCUCUGCUGCCAUCGUAUGGGAAGCGCCUUAGGAGCAGCGAGAAAGCCUCUCCCCAGGGCUUCAGCUGCCGACCCCCAGAGAACUGGCGCUUUCCAGGCAGCUCCUUUGGAAACAGCACUAAGGAGAAAUCAUACUGUUUUAAAAUCCAGCUUGGUGCUGAGUACAGCUUGCUGCUUCAGCAGAGCGGCAGCUCGUCUGGUUUCCCUUCCACUCAGCAGCGCUGUGCCCUAUGGCAGUGCCAUGCAACAGCACCCGACGGCUGCACGGCAGUUGGUAACCGCCUGUAGCAGCACAGCUUCUGCUAACAGCCAGGAUGCUGCCACGCUGCUGUUUUAUGACGCUGAGACACACGUUACAGCACACCGCCUUGGUGCUGAGACAUCACCGUGCACGCAGGCUGUAUGGCCCCGUGCACCGCGUUGCAAGAGCUGCACAGGAACAACUUGGCCGGCAUCACCUUGGGGUUAGAAUCACAGAUUGUCCCAAGCUGGACAGAACUAUGAGGAUGCCCAAGGCCAACCCCAGCACAACACUACAUCCCUCAGCGCAGCAGUACCCCCAGGGGCAGGGACUGGAGCCUGUGCUGGACCACUCUUUGGAGAAGAAGAUGUCCCCUGGUGCAAGGCCCUAAGGUGUGUGUGUGGGGAAGGGAUUCCGUGCGACAGGACGGAGCUGCGGAAGCGCGGCCUGCGGGAUAAGUGUAUGAAACCAGCAGAACGAUGACAUCCACUGCAAGGACCAGCUGCGCCUCCGUCCCUAACCAGAAAUACAGGGGCAGUAACCAUCACUCCAGACAGAGCUGCAGCAUUGCAGGCACAGAUUCCCAAUCUCUGUCUACUCUUGGAUAUUUUAAAACACUGCCAUUGGAGAUCUUUCAAAUGCUACUGAGCUAUCUCUCAGUGAAGGACAUCAGCAUGUUGUGCAUGGUAUCAAAAGCCAUCAGCAGCCGCCUUAUUAAUUACAUCUCAACUCCGUCAGGAAACCGAAGGCUCUUACUGCAAGACUUUCAUAACUUCGAGCUACCUGGCAAGAGAGAAGGAUCCUAUCUAUUAGAGCACUACAAAUCUCUAGGAUUGUUGCUGAAGAGAUGCACCCUGCUGCUACCUACCAAAGACAGGCUGAAGUACAUACACAAGGUUCUCUCCGAAGUUUCCUGCUUUAAACUUAACGGCUGCCCGAGUCCCUUGCAUUGUGUAGGAUUACAGUGCUAUGGGGUAUUUCUGCAGAUCCUAAUAGCAGGCUGGGAUGAGUUGGAGUGUCACCGGGUCUUCAACUUCCUCUGUGAGCUGAGCAAUUUACCCCGCAAAGUACAGGCAGUCGUCAGCUGCAAGCCAGGAAGUGCCAGGAAGCUCGAGCUGCGGAUCAGGCUGUUCUGCCGGAGCGUGCUGCUGAACCACUGGAUUCACCGCAGCGAUUCUGCCUUUUGGUUGACUCGGAUUUUGAAGCCGUGGCCCAUGGUCAACCAAGCUCGCCUGCUGUAUAUCAUCUUUGGGCCCGUGUCCUCCCUCGAUGGACACGUGGUUUGGCAGAAAAUGAUAGAAGGGCCAACAGAUGAGACCAGUCUGAAAGGUCUAGCAGAUGCCAUUAAACUCCUGUACGACGCAGAAGCGAGAGAAUGGACAGCAGACGACGUUAUCAGUCUCGUGGACGAGCUGUCAGUCAUUCCCCGAGAGUGGCUGCUGGAGAACAACGCUCGGCUUCUCAUUCUGAGUGGAAACAACAUUUGCUUCACUUUCAUGGCCAGCAAAGCUGUGAAUGGAAGAGCUGUGGAGCUAGCCAGACUUGUGGUCUUCCUGGCCUUGGUCUGCGAGAAGGACCUGUACUGCAUGGACUGGGCAGUAAAAAUGAUGCAGAAGGUCUGCAAAGUUUUCAGCACUCCAGGAGAGAGAAACAUCUUCCUGCAGAGCGUGGAGAACGCCUUUGCUCACAUGGUCAUGGACAUGCUGCAGGCAGUGCUGGCCGGGAACCGCGACGAGGAGGACAUCAGCUUUUUGAACCUCUUUCACCUCGUAAACGCGCAAGCUAACUUCCACAAGGAAAUACUCUACCUGACCAUGAGAAGCAGCAGCAAUGCCAUUUGAUGCUGGGAAGCUGACAGACUCUUGCUCUGCCCCUCGCACUGAGCUGUGCUGGGGAAGCAGGCCAGGGCCCUUUGCGUUGGGAACACAAGCCGCAUUCUUUUCCCACCGUGGAUGUUUGCAUACGCAAUAAACACGGCACAGUUUUCAUAUUUGAUGCACAUGCAUGAAGUAAAGAAUGUUAUCUUAGGUCGGAACCGAAAACAUUUUGAUCUUUUAGCUUUGUUUUCUCUUGGGAAUCCGGGGAGAGAAAAAAAGACAGAGACGUAAUUCGGGAAGCGCAGCCGCAUUCUUCCAGCUUGCCGGGCUCUCUCUGACCAGCUCUUGCAUCCUGCAGCAGAAGUGCUGCACAGAUUGCGUGCUCAGUUUUGGCAGAAGGAGGUGAUUCCCAAAAGAAAUUCAGCUGCUUUGACUAAGCGAGGCCUUCUCAGUUUUGUCUUUCCCAAAACUAGAGGCGCCCUCAGAUCCUUCCCCUUGCCUACGUAGGAAUGGAACUGUUAAAGUACAUAGAACUAUAAGUUAACGAGACGUUAAUGACACAUAGGCUAAGAUCACCACUUCAUUUCAGCAUAUAAGUGUUUGCUACUUACAAAAACUUGAUUUUCUGCUCUAUUGCCUUCAAAACAAACAUAUGUAAUACCAAAUAAAAAGCACUCACUUUGCUGCGCAUUGCUCACAACGAGGUUAUUUUCUUCCUCUUAUCACACAGCCUUCUUCCCCACCUGAACCACUU